CCCGAUGGUGCCGCGCCCGCCCCGGUGGCCCUCGCGCCCUCCGCGCCUCCGCCUCCCGCUGGUGCUGGCGCUGCUGCUGGCCGCCCUGGGACACGCGUGGACCUACCGCGAGGAGCCCGAGCAGAGCGACAGGGAAGUGUGUUCAGAGAGCAAAGUGGCCACCACCAGAUACUCCUGUCUCAAGCCCAGUGGGGAGCUCGCCACCUGCUUCAGGAAAAAGUGCUGUCAGGGCUAUAAGUUUGUUCUUGGACAAUGCAUCCCUGAAGAUUAUGAUGUCUGCGCAGAGGCUCCUUGUGAACAACAGUGUACAGACAACUUUGGACGUGUCUUAUGUACUUGCUACCCUGGUUACCGGUAUGACCGGGAAAGACACAAGAACAGGGAGAAGCCCUAUUGUUUAGAUAUUGAUGAAUGCACCACAAACAAUGAACCUCCUUGUCCCCACAUCUGUGUUAAUACCCCUGGCAGCUAUCGUUGUGAGUGCCAUGAAGGUUAUAUUCGGGAAGAUGAUGGGAGAACAUGCACCAAAGGAGACAGAGCAGGCUUCUCUGAGAAGACAGAGAAUGUGGUGAAACCAGGGGCAUGUUGUGCCUCUUGCAAAGAGUUCUAUCAAGUGAAACAAACAGUGUUGCAACUGAAACAAAAGAUCUCCUUGUUGCCAAACAAUGCUGCUGAUGUUAGCAAACCCAUCACAGGAGAAAAAGUACUUGCCUCCAAUGCCUAUAUACCAGGCCCUCCUGGACAGCCAGGUGAUCGGGGUCCUCCAGGUGCUGCAGGUCCAAAAGGGAGCCCUGGAUUUCCCGGAUCUCCUGGUCCUCCAGGCCACCCAGGCCCUAGAGGAGCAAUGGGGCCAAUGGGGCCAUCGCCAGACCUGUCUCAUAUUAAACAGGGCAGACGGGGCCCGGUGGGUCCUCCGGGUGCACCAGGAAGAGAUGGAGCAAAGGGCGAGAGAGGUGCCCCAGGAGAAAAAGGAGCACCUGGGCCGCCAGGUUCUUUUGAUUUCUUGUUACUGAUGAUGGCAGAUAUCAGGAACGACAUUGCGGAGCUGCAAGAGCGAGUGUUUGGGCACAGGACUCACUCCUCGGCAGAAGAGUUUCCAUUACCUCAGGAAUUUACAAACUAUCAGGACAUAAUGGAGCUGGGAUCUGGAGAUGACUACAAACAAAGGACUACAUCCAAAGACUCCAGAAUGCCCAGGGAAAGCAAUCAUUAAAAAGAGCUUGCAGCUUGGAAAAAAAGUUUUUAAAAUGAGGACAGUGAUCCGCCAGUCAUUUAAGCCAGCAUACUUGCAUAUAUCCCAGUUUAGCCCUGUGGAAAUAAACAGGAAGUAGAAUGGUAUGCUCAUUUCAAUGGGAUUACCACAUUCCCUUCCUCAAGUAUUACAGACAGGCAAGACCAAAUGAAGAGUGAAAUAACAUGACAGUUUGGCAGCUCUCAUGUGAAAUUAUCUGUUGCUGGAAUUUGCCAGUUCAGGGUGCCAAUUGCAUAGAUGGAUGCUCCACUUAUCUGUAAAAAAACCUUAUCUGCUGGAAAAAAGUGAUCUGCGCUGGAGCUUUUCUUGGCAUGCUGUGUUUUGUAUGUUAUGAGAUGUUUGCUUGUUUCUUUUCCUUUUUAAAAUGGGAAUGUCGAGAUAUUUGUUAUCUUAGUGUCUCUCUGAAGCGCUGCGUAUCAUAUGAGUCUUGCAAUUGUGCCACUCAAGUCUCAAAAGUGGCAUGAUGAGAGUUGUGUAGCUGUGGCCAUACAUCUUGCUUUGCCAAGACUCACACUUUUAAAGACAGGACUUGUGUAGCUCAUACAGCCUUCCUUCUGUCACUUCCCUUCUGGUGGCCAAGAUUGUGUUCAAUACUGUGAAUUAUCAAAGUGCGUACAUACAUUUGACAUUCCAGGUAACAUUCCAGCAGCUAUUCCACCUGAAAUCUGCUGCCUGAGAAAACUGUUUCAAUUCGCUAAAUGUUAGAGCUGACCCUGCCCACAGAGAUCUAACAUUGGUACAAAUAUCUGUAACAACAGGUCUUGUGAAAUACAUAAAUAAGCUUAAAUCACAUCUUUGUAAGUUUCUGUGGCUUAUAAAUUUGCUUUAAUGCAAGUAUCAUGGCUUGAAUGGCUUGCAGAUUACACUGUCCAAAAGAGUUGUAGGAUAUUUCUUUAAAAUGCACUGAUAAUGUAUAAAAUUAUAUAUGUAUUUUAUUGUUCAAAGGUUCCUCUCUUUUUAUUUCUGCCCACUUUCUCUUUUCAGCAUAGAUUUUUUUUACCAGAAUUAAACACAGGACCACCUGUGUGUAUCCAAAUAAGAAUUAGACCUUUGAGGGAGAUCUAAAUGUGGAUUUACAAUAGAUUUGCAGUGGGUUUGCUACACAAAACCUCUUUAAAGGUGUCAAUCUGUAAACAUGAUUACAGUAGAAUCUCACUUAUCCAACAUUCGCUUAUCCAACAUUCUGGAUUAUCUAAAACAUUUUUGUAGUUAAUGUUUUCAAUACAUUGUGAUAUUUUGUUGCUAAAUUCGCAAAUACAGUAAUUACUACAUGGCAUUACUGCGUAUUGAACUACCUUUUCUGUCAAAUUUGUUGUAUAACAUGAUGUUUUGGUGCUUAACUUGUAAAAUAAUAACCUAAUUUGAUGUUUAAUAGACUUUUCCUUGAUGCCUUCUUAUUAUCCAACAAAAUGGAGCCUCCGGUGGCCUAGGGGAUAAAAGCCUCGUGACUUGAAGGUUGGGUUGCUGACCUGAAAGCUGCCAGGUUUGAAUCCCACCCGGGGAGAGUGUGGAUGAGCUCCCUCUAUCAGCUCCAGCUCCAUGUGGGGACAUGAGAGAAGCCUCCCACAAGGAUGGUAAAACAUCAAAAAAACAUCCGGGCGUCCCCUGGGCAACGUCCUUGCAGACGGCCAAUUCUCUCACUCCACAAGCAACUUCGGUUGCUCCUGACACGAAAAAAAAAAUCCAACAUAUUCGCUUAUCCAACGUUCUGCUGGCCUGUUUAUGUUGGAUAAGUGAGACUCUACUGUAUUUCUAAGUAUUUUUCUAAGCAUAACUGCAUGAUUUCUACCUUUACUCAUUUCUCAGUAAAACAAUGAAAUUACAAUAUUUUGAAAAAAAAGGUUUUUACUAACUAGGUAAGUGUAAGUAUUAUCAGCUCAUUAACAAAUUGCACUUUUCAGCCAUCAUAUGCUUUCCUUAAGAAAUUUAUGUUCAAUGUGCAUUAUACUGAACACACAUAUAAUGAUGCUGAGCCAGGACUCAAGUUUUCAUACCACUCAUAUGACUGAUUAGACUCAAUAGUUAUUGAAAAGAGACUACAGUAGUGCGGGAAUAGGAUAGAGUUUAUUGGUUCACAGAGAAUUAGCCCAUUCUCUAGCAGAGUGAUUGAGUCAAUAUCUUUUAGCAUAAACACUGGUAAACUUUGGUUUACUUUGGAGGAGAGAGAGCAGUGGAGACUUGUGGUCUUUGCAAUAUUUUCUUUACUUUUACCCAACAGAUUUUCUAAAUUAGUGAGAUCGACUCAGAGAUUCCUUCCACUUUUAUGAGUCUAAAGUUGGUAGUGACUCUUUGGCUGUGAAUAUUGGCCGCUGGAGCCAUGUAGACUCCUUUCGAAAGGCAGCAAAAGAGAUGGUGUUUUGUGCACCAUUUCUUUCCCUUGAAGUUGCUGGGAAAAUAACAGAUUUUGCCAUAGGCCUGAAUGGUGUCAGAAAGAAAGAAGGCUUUGAUUAGGCAGUGACCUUAGGUUUUAUGAGGAAUCCAUGCACCACAGUAAUUUGCUUUCUUUGGUCUUUUUAUUUUUCUCUCCUUCCUUUUUUUGAUGACUGGAAAAUGAAAUAUGCAGACUAGUCUUCUGAUUCUGCUAGAUUUAAGCCAUUGGCCACCUAACAUUUCUCAUAAAAUCCACUGCAAUCUUAUUUCUUACUCAUGUUGUCUCUGGUAAAAUACAAAUAGUCUUGUACAUCAGCUCUCCUUCUGCAUUGCUUGUGUGUAAUUCAAGUUUUGUCCAUAGGAUAGAAGAUUAUGGCUGGUCCAUUGUACAGAAAAAGAAUUCCAUUUAUAUGUAAGUACUGGCUUGAGAAGUGCAUUGCCCACAGGAUUUCAGAGCAUUUGUAAUACUUUAGGAAAGUCUCACUAGCAUUAAUCAGUCUGACCCAAUGCUUUGUUUUCAUAUGACUAUACAACAAGAUGCAAGGGCAGUUUCCCCAUGCGUUCUCUGCACAAUGGGCAAUAUACCACAUUGCCCAAAAUAGUUUAAGAAGGCAGAACUACACUACAAUUCACCUUCCCAGGGCUCAUAGGUCUUCUUCAAUAGCUUCCCAGAAUGGUCAUGUCAUUGGAAUAGUGAAUCUGCUGUGCACUUUGGUCUGGACAGGUGCUGAACCUAUUUUGAGGGUGAGGUUCUUUUAGCUUCCUUUGAAGCUGAAACUAAAGCAAGAAGAGGAUUCACCAUCUCAUUGACAUUAAAGCCACCAUUUGUUACUUCCCACUUCCAAUCUGACUGGAUUGACAAUUGACUCAUCCCUGUCCCCUGACUCCCUUUAGGAUUGGUUUGUAAACAUCUACCUUAAUGGCAGUAUGAUUGAUUUCAGUGGAAUUCCCCAGGUUAGAAAAUAUGGCAACUUCCUCUCAUGCAUGUUUAUUAAGAAUUAGGUUCCACAUUCCACACACUUUCAGGGGACUGGUCCUCAUAUAAAAGAACACAAGAUCACAGUCUUAAUGUGUACAUAUACUAUGUGUACAUGUUUAUAUAGUAGUUCAUAAUUUUCAGAGUGUGGGGUGGGGAGACCUGAAGCAGAUAUAUCUAUUUUUAUGCCAGGAUUCUCCCAUUUGAUUUAAACCAGCUAACCAAUAAAUAGAAAGGAUGAAAUAAAUCCAUAUAAUCUUAAAAGUCUCCCUGGGGAUCUAAAUGCUUAUCCAGUCUGAAAUCAUUUGCAAUUAUGCAGACAAUUAACGUGGAUUUUCACCUCUGCCUGUUCCAUAUUAAUGAAUAAAUAAGAGGUAAGUGUAAACUAAUGACUAUUAGAUUUGUGCCCUUUGAGGUCUUAUUUCACAGCAGAUAAACAGAAGCAACUGCUCAUUAAUGAUGGGUCCUAUAAUAUCAUCCUUCCUCUAUUUUUAUAAAAGAUACACUGCUUUCAUCCCUUUGUGCACAUUUAGAAAGCUAUGCGGCACACAAUUAUUUAUAAUAAAUAUAUGAAGUAUUAGAGAGUGUAUAAAGCUGUGAUUAUGUAUUUGCAAUUAAAAGAAAGCUAUUUUUUCUUAA